AUGGUGAAGAUUCUGAUCAAAGUUGUGGACAAAGUCGAGGAAGUGAGGUCGAACAAGAAAGGGCUUCAAGACCUGGCGAAAGACCUGGAUGUCCUCGCUGGCAUACUUCACAGCGCGUAUGAGCAUAUUCGGGAGCGUGUCAACGCCGACUGUCUCGUUGCAAUCACGCAGGCGAUGGAUCAGCUUAUUGAGGGGAUGAGGCAGCAAAGAUGCGACGACGCAUUCGAGAACUACCGCGCGCCGAUGCUGGAUAUCGUGCGUCAACCAACAACGCCAAAAGCAAGUUCCUUCCAGGCACUCGGCAAGAGCUGUUCAAGCAACUCUCCCAGUGGGAAAGUCUACCAUCGCCGCGAGUUCGCCAAAUGCCAAGAUGAUGACCAUGGACUCGCGGCAUCAUUCUUCUUCGCUCGCGACGUCGCGGACUGCUCCAACACCCGCCUUUUCUUCCCCACCGUCGCUUACCAGGUCGCACGCUCUCAGGCCGACAUUGAAACCUUCAUCGUCGACGCCAUCCAUACGCAUCUCGCACACGGCCGCAGUCAACAGAUGCAAUACGAAGCGGAGGCCCUCUUGACCACGCCGUUGUUACUCGUCGACCCCUCGCAUCGCCCCAUCGUCUUCGUCGUCGACGCCCUCGACGAAUGCAUCGAACCCGUGGACCGCGAUCUCCCUGGCUCCUUGGUCAAGCACCUCGUCGACUGUGCGCAGAAAGCACGCUUCCCGGUGAAGAUUUUGUUCACGGGCCGUCCCUUGGAUGCCGUCGAUAAGGCCAUACAUGCCAGUAUAGACUCCCCGCAGGACAAGAUCUACUCCCUCGAUAUCAAUAACUCCGUGCUUGAGGACGUCAAGCUGCUCCUCAGAGACCGGCUGGCGAACAACGUUCCAGGCUACGAUACGCUGAGGAACCGCGGCGACCUCGUCGAUCGUCUGGCGGAGCGCUCGGAAGGGCUGAUGAUCUACGCAGACACGGCCGUCAAGUUUCUUGCUGAAUACCCCGAGGACGUGGACGAACGCGCAGAGUAUCUCCUCUCCGACCCCGAGCGAUGUGUAGUCCUUGGGCCUCUCAACGACCUCUACCUGAAGGUGCUCGAGAUCGUGUUCCCAAGGGACAACCUGGAGAAUGAGAAGCCGCUGCGGGAUCGCGUGCAGACGAUGCUCGGGACCAUCGCGCUCCUGAGAGACCGCUUCUCGCCGAACGACCUCUAUAAGCUGCUGUCUACGCCCACGGAGACUUCCGUGUCCGUCCUCCGCCACCUUCGCUCUGUCGUUUUCUUCGACCGCAGCGACCUCGACGCGGUGUUCCGCCCCAUCCACAUCACCUUCUCCCAGUUCCUCGUCGACGUCCACCCAAAGUACAACAAGGGCCCGUACCUCGUGAGCGCGGUGCGCGAGCACGGACGCAUCGCCAUGGGGUGCCUCAACACCCUCGUGUCUUCCCUGCGCCAGAACCCACUCGUGUAG